AUGGCUAAAGGAGGCGUUGGAAAGGUCGGUAUUUUUGAUGAAUCGAACGAAAGUUGGGAGUCAUACACCGAACGGGUCGAGGUGUGUUUUAUUGCAAAUGGCGUCAAACCAGAAAUCAAAGUGGCCUCGCUGCUUAGUUUGAUUGGUCCUAAAACGUAUGGGUUGCUGAAGAAUCUACUGGCCCCAGCUAAACCAUUAGAUACGGGAUACGAUGAUAUUAUAGCCCUGCUAGAUAAACAUUUAAAUCCCAAACCAUCCGAGAUAGCGGAGAGGUUUCGCUUUCAUAAGAGAGAACAGCGCCCUGGUGAAGAUGUUAUGACUUAUGUAGCAGAAUUACGCAAGUUACCAAUUCAUUGUAAUUUUGGAGAUACCCUCCAGAUCACAAUAAGGGAUCGCCUAGUUUGUGGUUUACGCCAGGAAGCUAUUCAACGUAAACUUCUAGCUGAAACGACACUAACAUUAGACACUGCUAUUCAGACUUCGGUUGCCAUGGAAACGGCAGGGAAGGACGCAGUUGAACUCCAACGAUCACAUAAUGACAAAGCAACGCCUGUAAACAAAAUAAAGGCACACUACAGUGGUAAUAAACAGAGCCAUGGUAAACACUUUUCUCGCAAAAACAGUGAUAGGUCUACUAACUCCACACAAAGUCCUAAACAUUACAAGAAAUGUUUUCGAUGUGAAGGUACCCAUGAUGCCAGUACAUGCACGUUCAUAUCCACAAUAUGUCGGUAUUGUUCUAAGAAAGGGCAUAUCGAAAAAGCAUGCUUGUCUAAAAAACGAGAACAUAAACAUGUGAAAUAUGUCAAAGAGGGAAGUGACGAUGACCUUAACCCAGAAGAACCAUUGUACUACAUCAAUCGAAUGGAGAAUGGACGCCCUGAUCCUAUCCGUAUCAGACCAAAUAUUGAGGGAACAAUGAUAGACAUGGAACUCGAUACAGGAAGUACAGUCACAUUGAUUUCUCAGGACUUGUACAAGGAACAUUUCUGUCAUAUACCACUACAUGAGACCACAAUAAGGUUGAAGACCUACUCUGGAGAAAAUAUCAAACCCCUUGGUGAGAUACGCGUUUCGGUUAACCUGUACAAUCAGACAGCAACAAAGAAUCUGUUAGUAGUACCGCAACAAGGCCCAGCAUUGUUUGGUAGAGACUGGCUUAGAACAUUUCAAAUUGAUUGGCAUGACAUUAAAGUACAUGUAUUGAGAUUGUCGUCCACACCGACUGAACUUCUGAACAUUCUCGAUGAACACAAAGCAGUAUUCUCAGAGGGAAUUGGAAAACUUAAAGGUAUCAAAGGUAGUAUUACUCUAGAGGAGAAUGCUCAACCUAAAUUCCAUAAAGCUCGCCUUGUACCAUACACAUUGAAACCCAAAGUUGAAGCAGAACUUCAGAGGUUGGAACAGCAGGGAAUUAUCAUACCUGUCAAUCACAGUAAAUGGGCAGCACCUAUAGUACCGGUUGUGAAGAAAUCAGGCCAGGUACGAGUAUGUGGGGAUUAUAAAGUCACCCUGAAUCCAGUCAUGAAGGUUGAACAGUACCCCUUGCCCCGCAUCGAGGAUAUAUUCUCAUCUCUGGCUGGAGGACAACGGUUUUCGAAAAUAGACUUAACGCAGGCAUAUUUGCAGAUGGAGAUGGAAGAUUUGUCUAAAGAACUGUUGACAAUCAACCCACACAAAGGUCUUUUUCAAUAUAACCGUUUACCCUUUGGUGUAGCCUCUGCCCCGGCAUUAUGGCAGCGAGCCAUGGACCAAAUCCUUCAAAACGUUCCAUUUACCUCAUGCAUCCUGGAUGAUAUGAUUAUUAGCGGUCGUACUGACGAGGAACAUCUACAAAAUUUGAGAACUGUACUACAGAGAUUGGAAGGGUAUGGGUUAAAGGCAAACUUGGACAAGUGUGACUUUUUCAAAGAAAAGGUUACUUAUUGUGGACACAUCAUCAGUCAGGAUGGUCUCCAAAAAUCGCCGGACAAAGUGGAUGCUGUUCUGAACGCUCCGAUACCUGAAAACCAACAGCAACUACGCUCAUUUCUAGGUUUGGUAAACUACUACCGCCGAUUUUUACCUGACUUAUCGACAGUCGAAGGACCACUAAAUGAACUUCUUCACAGUGACAGUACCUGGAAAUGGACCACAGCUUGCGAGGAAUCAUUUAGAGAGGUUAAAACUCUGAUCACAUCUAACCGUGUACUAUGCCAUUACGACCCAGAACUACCAGUAAAACUCGCGUGCGACGCAUCACCAUAUGGUCUAGGAUGUGUUCUCUCUCAUACCAUGAAAGAUGGCGAAGAGCGGCCUAUUGCAUUUGCCUCACGCUCAUUGACCAAAGCAGAGAAAGGUUACUCACAGAUUGACAAAGAAGCAUUGAGUUUGUUUUGGGGUGUUCAGAAGUUUAAUACAUACUUAUAUGGUAAACACUUCACACUAGUGACUGACCACAAGCCCCUUGUUCAAAUUCUACAUCCGCACAAGUCCAUACCAGCCAUGACAGCUGCCAGGCUUCAACGAUAUGCUGUGUUUUUGUCGGAACAUUCCUAUGAUAUCGAGUACAAAAACACUACAAAGCAUUGUAACGCGGACGCGCUUUCGCGGCUUCCAUUGAAAGGUAGUUCAGACGGAGCUACGGACCCUGUGGACCUUUUCUACACUGCACAGAUCGAAACACUACCUGUAACUAGUGCACAAAUUCGUCAUGAGACAUCUCGAGAUUCCACGUUAUCUCGAGUGUACGACAUGUUAAUGUUGGGAACAUUGAAGAAAACAGAUGACCCUGAUAUCAUACCUUACAUAAAUCGACAGGAUGAACUUUCCGUACAUCAAGGUUGUAUAGUAUGGGGUAACCGUGUAAUAAUACCAAGUGGCCUACAGGAAAGAGUUCUUACAGAACUACACGAUGGACAUCCAGGAGUGGUCCGGAUGAAAUCUGUUGCGAGAUCCUAUGUUUGGUGGCCAAACAUUGAUAAACAAAUUGAACAGUUGUGUAGUUCAUGUCUAGGAUGUCAACGAUCGGGACACAUGCCGAAAUCUGCACCAGUACACCCUUGGGAGUGGCCUUCCAACCCAUGGCAACGGAUACAUGUUGAUUUCGCAGGGCCUUUCAUGAACUUCAUGUUUUUAAUAGUUAUUGAUGCGCAUUCCAAAUGGCCUGAGGUAUUCAUCAUGAGAUCCACUACAACCACGCUCACCAUCGAGUUACUACGCAAUUUAUUUGCUCGUCAUGGUAUUCCUGAGCAAUUAGUCUCAGAUAACGGACCUCAGUUCAUUUCUGAGGAGUUUCGUCAAUUUAUGAAGCAGAAUGGUAUUCGACAUAGUACAUCAUCACCAUAUCAUCCGCGUACGAACGGACAAGCGGAACGUUUCGUCCAAACUUUCAAACAAGCCAUGAAAAACGCAAAGGAUGAAAAACGUACAUUACAGCAAAAACUGAGUGUAUUUCUAUGCAAGUACAGAUCAACACCACAUGCUAUGACGAAUGAGACACCCGCUAAGUUGCUCUUAGGCCGAAAUAUAAGGACACGGCUCGACAUUAUGAAACCUGAUUUGUCAGCUAGGGUAUCAUACGGACAAGACCGCAUGAAAUUGUCGCGUCACACAGGAGAAACUGUCCGACAGUUUUCUAAAGGCCAAAGUGUGAUGGUACGCGAUUAUCGUUCGUCAGACAGGAAGUGGAUUCCUGCAUCUAUCCACACCAAAACAGGACCUCUGUCCUACACUAUUGACACUGGAACAGGAACUCUAUGGAGACGUCAUACAGACCAGCUUCGUGCUUGUACUGUUAAACCAUCAGAGACGGAUGUCACUACAAUAAACUUACCGGAACCGGAAGUCGGUCCUAUUACACCGGAAGUAUCAUCGACUCAUCAGUCAUCUGAUAAAGCAACUAUUUCUGACGGGAAGGAGGAAGUGGUACCUGUGAUGCCUACACCUAAGCAAAAACAGACAAUCAUUUCCAAAUCAUCCCCAUGUGUGAUGGGAGAAUGGACAGCCCAGGGCACAGUGCCCAGUAUUACACAUAUACAGCAAUGGAAAAUGACAAAGAAAAUCAUCAAAGUUGUCACCUUGGACAAAAGAGAAGCUGACAGAAAAAGUGGAAACAUGGAGAAACUUGGUUUCCAGAAGACCAUGGAAAUGCUGUCAGGUUGUGGAUGCUGUGACUGA